GCACCUGCUGCUGCUGCAUACCCUUUCCAUCCAUCCUUCUCUCUAUACAUACUUCUCUUCAUACCUGCCUCUUGGCAGCUUGGACCCAGAGUGUAUCUUGUCUGAACUCUCUACAAUCCUCGUUCCAGACGUCCCAGUGACGGCCAUCCUCUACCUGGUCCCGCACAUACCUCACACUUCAUCUUCCGCACCAUCGCGGAUUCAUACUACGAACCCCAAUCCGCGACUUCAGCGAGAUCCGAAAUGCAAUACCAACAGCAACAACCACAGCCUGUUGAAGAUGGUCUCGGUACUUCGGGUGGUACGAGCGGUGUCAAUGGACAUUCCGGUACUCAACCUGUCAACCCUAUCAAUAGGAAAAAGCUAGCGAGCUGGGUCGGGUUCUCCAAUCUGCCCAAUCAAGUCCACAGGCGAAGCAUGAGACGCGGCUUCAACUUCACAGCCAUGGUCGUUGGUGAAUCAGGCCUUGGAAAGUCUACACUUAUCAACACAUUGUUCGAGACGAAGCUGUAUGAGCCGAAACAGAUCCCAGCUCCCGGUGUCGAUAGAGGAAGGACAGUCCAAAUUGAGAGUAUCAGUGCGGAUAUCGAGGAGAACGGAGUCAGACUCAAAUUGACCGUUGUCGAUACCCCUGGAUUUGGAGACUUUGUCAACAACGAUGAGAGCUGGAGACCUAUCGUUGACAAUAUUGAGGCUCGAUUCGACGCCUAUCUCGAGCAGGAGAAUCGAGUCAACAGGCUGAAACUUGUCGACAACCGUGUCCACGCUUGCAUCUACUUCAUUCAGCCCACCGGUCACUCCCUCAAACCCAUCGACAUUGAAUUCAUGCGUAGACUGCACACCAAAGUCAAUCUCAUCCCUGUGAUCGCCAAGGCGGAUACUCUGACCGAGGAAGAAGUUGUUCUGUCCAAGCGACGGGUCCUUGCUGAUAUCGCUCACCAUGGCAUCCGAAUCUUUCAACCUCCGCAGUACGAGAAUGAGGACGAAGAGACAAUCCAGGAGAACGAAGAGAUCAUCAGCAAAGUGCCAUUCGCCGUUGUUGGAUCCGACAACAUUGUUCGCUCACCUAACGGUCGCGAGGUUCGUGGGCGAGCCUACCCAUGGGGUGUGAUCGAGGUGGACAAUGAGGAGCACUGCGACUUUGUCAAGCUACGUCAGAUGCUCGUUCGGACCCAUAUGGAGGAAUUGAGAGAACACACCAAUGACAUUCUUUAUGAGAAUUAUCGAACCGAUAAACUCAAGGCGAUGGGUGUGUCUCAGGACGAGAGCGUAUUCAAGGAGACCAAUCCUGCUGCCAAACAAGCGGAGGAGCGAGCCCUACACGAGGCUAAACUCGCCAAGAUGGAAGCUGAGAUGAAGAUGGUUUUCCAACAAAAAGUCCAAGAAAAGGAGCAAAAGCUCAAGCAAUCUGAAGAAGAGCUGUAUGCUCGCCAUCGAGAAAUGAAGGAGGCGUUGGAGAAGCAAAGACUGGACCUAGAGGAUAAGAAGAGGAGGGUCGAGAGCGGUCGACCGUUGACGCCUGAGAAGGGCACGAAAAAGCGAUUCGGUAUAGGCAAGUAGUGCUGGAUACUGCUUCCCAUCCUGGCAUGGGGAUACCUUUCUCGCUUUGAUACCCCUCGAUUCGGACGACUCACGACCCCCUCAUGUGCAAUGUGCAUCACAUAAAUUUAUCCCCUAUCACGACAUCCUACCUACCUUCUCGACUGGACGCUCUCUUUGCCAGUAAUCUCUGUCACAUGUCUAUCUUGCGAGGCCCUUCCGAGCAAUCCGCUGGCGACUGCUCCAACCUCGGUUCAUCCCCGUGAUUCAGGGAAUGCUGGAGGCAAAGUGCAUGCCUCCUCAAAUUUAAUGCAUGCAAUUUACCUCUCCAGAUUGCCGACGUGGCAAGACCUUGUCGCCCUGCGAUCGAUACGCUGAGCACUAGUCCACCUUUCACGAAGCAUAUCUCGAAUCUGUGCUG